UUAUACAUGUCGCAUUAAAAAUGCCCUCAGCUAAUUUCUUAUAGGAAAUAUUAAAAUCGUCUAGAAACUUCUUUUUAUUUCUAACCAAACUCAGUGCCAGGGGUUUGGAGAGGUUUAGGGAUUCAUUUCUAUUACUUACACUUACCAUUAACACUGUUUUCUGCAACACUUACAAAAUCUCCUCAUUUCAUUCAGUAAACAUUCAUCCAUUUGUUUUUCUUGAAUUGGCAGUGUAUUCUUUUUCAGACAAUACAACUAAAUUCAAUCAGCAGCAACGCCAGAAUUAAUGUGUUGUAGGUGUUCUUCCAGUGGUGUAGAAUAAUAUAGGGCUUCUAUUAUUGAAGGGACAAGAAAAUACUGGACCCAAUGUUUCGCUCAAAUAGUUUCAGAUAUUUAUGGCGGAUUGCACAGAUACCUGGGAAGAGCGCAGCGGGUUCUCAGGAGACUGGCGUCUGCUGUUUCUCUGGAAAGUUUUUCAAGACCAAUAUGGACCAAUGGCAUUCAGUUCAUCAAAGAGAUGCGUUCUGGGAUUAUGGGGCUGGAGUCAUGUGUAUGAACAGGGGCUUCCAUUCAACCGUCACUCAUCAUAUGGCUGCUAAGGACUACUAUCAGAUUCUUGGAGUUAACAAGAGUGCAAGCCAAUCAGAAAUCAAGAAAGCUUAUUAUGCGCUUGCGAAAAAACAUCAUCCUGAUGUGAACAAAAGUGAUUCAGAAGCAGAGAAAAAGUUUCAGGAAAUUCAACGCGCUUACGAGGUAUUGAAAGAUGAUGAAAAAAGGGCACUGUAUGACAAGGUGGGGCCUGAAGCUUUUGAACAGGCUGCAGCAGGCAGUGCUGCAGGUGGUCCAGGAGGUGCAGGAUUUGGAGGUUUUGGUGGGUUUGGGGGGUUUGGGGGCUUUGGAGGCUUUGAGGAUGUUUUUGGAGGAGGACUAGAUGAGGCCUUGAAGAACAUGUUUCAUCAGAGGUCAUUUGGUGGCGAGGAUAUCAAGCAAACACUUGAGUUGUCUUUCAUGGAGGCAGUGCAGGGAUGUGCUAAAAGUUUCUCUGUUCAAACUGCCCUACCUUGCUCAACAUGCAAUGGGACUGGUGUUCCUGCUGGUACUAAACCUGAAACGUGUAGACUCUGUAGAGGUCUGGGAACGGUAACCAUGCAACGUGGCCCUUUUAGGAUGCAGUCUACAUGUACACAGUGUGGUGGGACUGGACAGUGUAUAAAGGAAUUUUGCAAGGCAUGUGGUGGCAAGAAGGUUGUUAGAGGAACAAAAAGGGUCACUAUUGAUGUCAUGCCAGGGGUGGAUAAUGGAGAAACGUUAAGGAUGGUAGGAUAUGGUGGAGCAGACCCAGAAGGUGAUCGCCCAGGUGAUCUUUAUGUGGCCCUCAAGGUCCAUGAUGAUCCUAUAUUUCGUAGAGAAGGAGCUCACAUUCAUGUAGAUGCAGUUAUAAGCUUCACUCAGGCGAUUCUUGGUGGGACCAUUCAGGUGCCAACUCUAACUGGCGAUGUGGUUUUGAAGGUUCGUGAAGGCACACAGCAUGGUCAACAGGUUGCUUUGAAAGGAAAAGGCAUUAAGCUACGGAAUUCUAGCCAGUACGGCAACCAAUAUGUACAUUUUCGAGUCAUCAUUCCAACGAACUUGACACACAGGCAACGAAUGCUUAUCGAGGAAUUUGCAAAAGAAGAGAACAGUGAAGAUGACAAGAGUGCUGCUGGAGCAAGUUGGUGACCAUGGAUAUCUUUGUCAAUUGUCAAUCAACUAUGAGCUUGUCUGAAAUGAGUUAGAUUUUGGGAAGAGAGGAAAGUUUGCAUUGAAGAGUUGUAUUUCUUUUCAAAAUUGAUUGUAAUCUCCUGAAAAAGGAAACAAUAUUUAUUUAAAAAAGGACUUUUUAUUGAAAAGUUACUUAGUAUCUAGUCAAAUGAAAAUUUCAUGUAGGUUGCAAUCUGCCAGUUAAUUUGUAAUCUGUAAUUAUCUAUAUGCUGACUGUAAUUUAUGGCACAUACAUUGAUUGGCGAUUUAAAAGAGAGCCUUCAAAUUUCUUUAUUGACUAGGUGCAAUAAUUGCAUUAUCAAGAUAUAAAUUCUAAAACAGAUCUAGUUCGGAAGCUUUAUUACAUAGCAUCAUGCGGAACUCUCCAUUUAUGUUGGUAAGCUGGUGAUCUUGUCGUCGUCGUUGCCAAGAUUUCUCUCCAGAUUCAAGUCAAGAAAGAUGUAGCCUGGUUUCCCUCAUUAUUUGAACAUUUACCAUUUUAGAGAUUUUUGCUUUUCCAAUCUUAAUCACUAGGGUCAGAUUUAAGGAUUUGUAUAGUUAGAUCUUUCUACACCUAAUGUGGGUAUGUGGGCAUCCUGCUCGAUCUUUUUGAGACAUUUUAGAUGCAUAAACUUCUAUGCUAGUUAUUACCACUUAGAUGUGGUUUACAAUUAUAAAGUUUGUUCUUUUGUUCUCACAUAGAGAGCAAUGGGAAUUGCAUGUAAUGCUUACCUUUAUAAAGGGAAUAUAUUCUACUUAACAGGUUUCUUAAAACA